UAAUAAUUAAUAAAAGUAUAAUACACCGUUAAUAUUACCGUAAAAUACCGAUAAAGUAACAGUACAUUUAAAAUAUGCAACGUCUAAUGAAUUUUUGGCACGCGGAGAUCUUGUAAGAUAGGAGAGGCUAUUCCUGCUGCUAUUACUAUGUAUUUCCUUUCUUAGUUUGUAACACGUAUAACAAUUUCUUGCUCUAAAAAUAUAUUGUAUAUUAAUUUUAUUGACAACUCAUAAUGAAUUAUAAAUGAUUACACGGCAAAAAGAAUAAACUUGUGAAUAUUACGACGCCUCUUGAUAAUUGCCCAUUUAUUCGACCGGAACUCUGUAGAAAGUAUAGAUUUAUACAGAAAAUUAGAUAAUUUAUUGUUUUUUUUUUAAUAUUAAUUCUUUUGUUAAUAUGGACUUACUUAUAUAUUCACUCGAUACUUCACACAAAUAUUGAUAUGCUGUGUUUAAUAAAGAUACUACCAACAUAUCUAUAUAAUCAUUAUGAAAUACUGGUACAUAGCAUAGAAAUGAAUAACCCGUGUGUGUGACAGCGGGCCUGAUAAAACGGAGACGGACGCGAUAAUAGAUAUAAAAUUAGUCUCUAUCCAAGAAGUGUAUCAUGCCGGAUGAUACGGGAAUUUUAUCUAGGAGAGUACAUUCCGCGCCCGAGUUGAAAACCUAUACAAAUUAUGACGAUAUAUGCGGACCUUGGAAAUUUGAUAGUGUACCGUUGCAUGGUCAAUGCAAUCAUUUAUCUUUUAAAUUGAUAACGUCCGAAGAUAUAACUUACAUGAGAGAGCAAAGAGAUCGAGAAUCAAUUUUGCAAUUUCUUGAGGAAAAGAUUUUAUCUAGUAUACCGUACAAAAAGGAAAAUAAAGAGAUACUUGCAAAACUUCUAUGGCAAACUUUUAGGUUUUUCAAGAAGAACCAAUUUACUGACCAACAAAUUGCGACAAUUAUGAAAUUAAUGCUUUUAACUCACAGUUUUUAUCUUGCAAACUAUUGGAACACAGUUGAAGAAACGUAUAAAUAUUUUUUUGAACGUGUUCUUGAAUGUACCGUUAUGGAUCCACCAAAAUGCGCAGAAAUAUUUACGUCGGAUCAAGCUGAAAUGGUGCUUGAAUUUUUUCGCGAAACAUAUUUGGAAAAUAUCGUAUUAUUGCACCUCGUUUGUACGACUCACCACUGUAUUGUCAUGCGAUUUGACGACGGAAAUGAAUGAACGAUGAUAUGCUCGCACACGUUACACAA